AUGAGUAAAAUCGUUCAUGUUAAGUACUGCUGCAACUAUUGCCAGCGCCCGUUGACUGAUUCGACAAGACUGCGUAACCAUUUAUCCAAGAUUCAUAACAUUCAUGUUCCUUCCAUCUCCAGAGGAAAAAGGCGCUUCGAUACCCAGUCAAUUACCUAUGUCAACAAGCUUGGUUAUGGUCAAAAUCAAGACAUUAAUGAAGAGUAUGGCUGUCCUUCGUGCUAUUCCCACUUUCCCGAGAUCGAUUCACUGCAUUCACAUAUCCAGGAGGCACAUGUGAAG